GUAGUUUCCCGCCCUUGGGGGCGCGGGGACAAAUUCCUUGACCCGAGGAUAGUGCCCUUCGGUCUUUCCUCGCAGCUCCCGGGCAGGCUAGGGGUGGGAUGGAAGUCGAGAGUCGAUCCCGGAGCCCGGCCGCGGGGAGAGGUUCUCGGCCGAGAAGACAAAGCCCGCAGCAGCGAUGGGGGGAGAGCUGGGCUCUGGGCAUUGUGGGGGCCAGGAAGGGGUGCCAGGCUGGGGCUGGAACCCCCUGGCAAAGGAUGGGGUCCCCUCAUCCCUAAGCAGCAAGCCAUCUCCCCUCGUCCGCCCCCCGCCCCACCAGUCUCGGAGAUCUCAGAGGCACCGACUGGGAGACUUGAUAUAAUUGUCUUCACAAUUCUGUGAAGACGAACUUGGUGUCUCUGCUUCACAUGAAGGGACCUGAGGUUCCGAGAGGUUAAAUAACUUUCCUAGAUCACAGAGCUGUGUUCGCGGGAGCGCAGCACCUACACCACCAGCCAACCCAGAUCCCGAGGUCCGACAGCGCCCGGCCCAGAUCCCCACGCCUGCCAGUAGCAAGCCGAGAGCGAGCCGGCAGGCGCACUCCGACUCCAAGCAGUCUCCGUCCUUCUGCCCGAGCCCCGCGCCCUUUCCGGGACCCCUGCCCCGCGGGCAGCGCUGCCACCCUGCCGGCCAUGGAGACCCCGUCCCAGCGGCGCGCCACCCGCAGCGGGGCGCAGGCCAGUUCCACUCCGCUGUCGCCCACCCGCAUCACCCGGCUGCAGGAGAAGGAGGACCUGCAGGAGCUCAAUGAUCGCUUGGCUGUCUACAUCGACCGUGUUCGCUCGCUGGAAACGGAGAACGCAGGGCUGCGCCUUCGCAUCACCGAGUCAGAAGAGGUGGUCAGCCGCGAGGUGUCCGGCAUCAAGGCCGCCUACGAGGCCGAGCUCGGGGAUGCCCGCAAGACCCUCGACUCAGUGGCCAAGGAGCGUGCCCGCCUGCAGCUGGAGCUGAGCAAAGUGCGUGAGGAGUUUAAGGAGCUGAAAGCGCGCAAUACCAAGAAGGAGGGUGACUUGAUGGCUGCUCAGGCUCGGCUGAAGGACCUGGAGGCUCUGCUCAACUCCAAGGAGGCCGCACUGAGCACUGCUCUCAGUGAAAAGCGCACGCUGGAGGGCGAGCUGCACGAUCUGCGGGGCCAGGUGGCCAAGGUGAGGCCACCCUGCAGGGCCUGCCCAUGGCCCCACCUAACACAUGUACACUCACUCUUCUACCUAGGCCCUCCCCCAUGUGGUGCCUGGUCUGACCUGCCACCCGAUUUCAGAGCCAUUCAUCUGUCCUAGAGUCAUUUCAACCACUAAGGCCACAUCUUAUCCUAAUUUGACUGCCCAUGGGAUCUACCACAGUGAAUUUAAAAUAAU